GCGUCUUGAAGCAACAUCCAACAUUAUCAUCAGCCAUGUCUCACGACAAUGACCCUUUUUAUCUGAGAUAUUACACUGGCCAUUCGGGCAAACAUGGACACGAGUUUUUGGAAUUCGAAUAUUCUCAUGGCCGUCUGCGUUAUGCCAAUAACUCUAAUUAUCGAAACGACUCAUUGAUUCGCAAAGAGAUGUGGGUUAGUCCUUUGGUUGUCAAGGAAUUGAAGCGAAUAGUCGGAGCAAGUGAAAUCACAAAGGAGGACGACACUAACUGGCCCAAGAAAAACAUUGUAGGGAAGCAGGAACUAGAGAUUCGUAUAGGGAAUGACCAUAUCGCAUUCGAGACUGCAAAAAUCGGUUCUCUAGUGGACAUUCAAGAUAGUGAGGACCCAGAAGGACUACGUGUCUUUUAUUAUCUUGUACAGGAUCUCAAGUGCCUCAUAUUUUCUCUCAUCUCUCUGCACUUCAAGAUCAAGCCUAUCUAAAAUAUCAUUGUAUUAUCAUGUGUGCCUUUUUCCAUGUAAACGUGCAUGCGGAUGUUUCGUUUGCUUGUAACUUCUUGUUAGAUAUUUUUGCGCAAGAAUACACGAUGCUCGUAUUUUUGAGUUGACUCAUAAAUUUGUCAGUUAAUAUAAUCUCCAGCAUGGGCUGAUACGUGACGCAUUCAAUACUUGCCCAGCGGAGUUAAUAUUGUCUUUACAAGGGUAUUCCUUUGUUCAAGCAAGUCAACCGUGACCCUGGGUUAUGCAAUGUCGUUCGGGGUCAACUGGGUACGGAAGGUGCUAUGUCUCACAUCAGCUAUUGUCAAUACGCACAUUUAUUGUAACUAUGCGUUAG